AUGACCGACCCCAUGCCCUCGCGCCAGCUCUUGACAACCCUGUUCGGGUCUCUGCGCAAUUCCCGCUGGACUCUGACCCGUACUUUACGAAGUGACAACCCCUUGGAUCUCAAUGGUGAACUGCGGGGCACGGCCAGCUUCAGCGCGCUGCCCAACUCCGACCACGAUUGGCUAUACAGUGAGGAAGGCGAGAUCCCGGGGAUGGCUGGUGGCGGAGCUGCCCUAGCAGGACUGCGUUGGACAAAGAAAUAUAUUUGGCGGACCACCGACGCAGGCAAAAUCAGCGUGUGGUUUGUGAAGAUUGCCCCGGGUCCCGAUGAGGCAGAUUAUCUCUUCCACGACUUCGACUUCGAGACGGCACCGGCUCCCGGUGAGAAUGAGAGCAAGUCUGAAUUUGUGACUGCCCCUAAGCCUCCGACUGCGACCCCCGGUAUCGAGACUGCGGUUCUCGCGGCGCGAGGGAACCACCUCUGCAUCAACGACAUGUACCGCACCGCAUACGCAUUUCGCAUCCGCCCGGAGACCGGCGAAGUCGUGAGUUGGGCGAGUCGACACGUGGUUCGAGGUCCGAAGAAGGACCAGGAUAUUGUCAACCGAUACGAAAGAAGCAAGUAA